AUGUCAAACAGACUUGAAAACUCCAAAGAAAAAGAACAAAUAAGGGUUGACAUUGGAAUAGUACCGAGUGCUAGAGGAGUGAGCGAGGAGUCAUCAAUCAAAAUCUUCGAUGAGAAGAGAUUGAGAAGAAAGAUUGACCGCUUGAUUCUUCCAUUUCUAAUGAUAAUCUAUGGGCUACAAUUUCUUGACAAAACAUUACUAAACUAUGCGGGAGUUAUGGGUAUCAAAGAUAACCUUCAAGGAAACGAAUUCAGUAAUCUAGGGACUAUCUUUUACGCAAGCUAUUUCGCAGGAGAAAUCAUUGUCAGUAUUAUGAUUCAAAAAUUUCCCAUAGGACGACUUUUGGGAUGCUGCGUUGCCCUCUGGGGAGCUAUCAUUUGUUUUCAUGCUGCAACUAAACAGUAUGCUGGUUUAAUGGUUUUGAGAACUCUUUUGGGAUUGUUUGAGGCCCCUGUUGCACCCUGUUUGAUUGCAAUUACAGCAAUGUGGUGGACCAAAGCUGAACAGGCAAGACGAACUUGCUUGUGGUAUAUGAUGAUAGGAGUAGCUCAAAUAAUCGGAAGUUUGAUAUCAUUUGGCUUCCAACACGUGAAAUCAACAAAUAUUGCGAGCUGGCAAAUACUCUUCGUCUUUAUGGGUAUUUUAACUUUCUUGGUUGGCCUAUUAACUAUUUACUUUUUACCAAACGAUCCUGAAUCAUGUUCCUUUUUUACAAAAGAUGAAAAAUUAGCAACAUAUGAGCACGUCAAAGUGAAUAACACAGGAGUAAAGAAUAAGACGUACAAACCAUAUCAAAUAAAGGAGUUGCUAUUUCAAGAUAAGCAAACCUGGAUUUUAACAUUGAUCAUGAUUUUAGUACUGAUUCAAAAUGGUGCAAUUACAAACUUUACUGGUAUCAUAAUAGCUUCCUUUGGCUAUUCUAAUCAAUUGGCUACGCUUAUUCAAAUUCCAACAGGUGUAGUCACAGUGUCCUGUACUCUUAUUGCAGGAUACUGUACUGGAAAAUUUGGUAAUAGAACCCUCAUGAUUAUCGUCUUGUGUGUACCAUCUUUGUUGGGCACUAUAUUAAUAGUGGCUUUAAAAGAAGAGCAAAGAGUUGGAAGACUAUUUGGGGUCUAUCUUUUAAAUGCAAUUGAGCCAGUCAUUCCCAUAAUAUACAACUGGAAUUCUGUGAACACAUCAGGCUACACUAAAAUAACCACCAGAAAUGCUCUUACUUUAUGCGCUUUCUGCGUUGGAAAUAUGAUAGGUCCCCAAACUUUUCGGGAGACAGAUGCACCGAACUAUAUUCCUGCUAAAAUCACUUUGAUAGUAUUAAAUGGCAUAAUCAUGCUACUUUGUUUGGUCCUUCGUUUCAUUGUCAAGUCUGAAAAUAAGAAAAAGCAAAUCUUAGAAAUAGGAAGUGACAAUUCUGAGCUUGAUCUGGAUUUGACGGAUAUCGAAAAAAAGAGCUUUCUUUACAUAGAUUGA